UCUUAUCAGCAGUGCUGUGAUGACAAUCCAGCAACCAAGCACCUAGCUUUCCAUACAUGGCUUAUCAGUCGAGCUGACACUGCAGCAACCAAGCACCAAGCUUUCCGUACCUAAUCAAUUGGCAGUAAUCAGGUUGCAGCUUCGCGGCUGAAUAAGGAUUGAGAAGGUUUCGGCGAGUUGCUCAAGCGCGUGGAGUAGAACAGCGGCAUUCUGGAGGAAUUGCCAUAAGUGUGUCCGGUCAUGCUAAGCUGCGACGGAAGUCUUUUGAAAAGAAGCGACGGUUUUGGAGCACCGAGCGGUGCGGCGAAAGAAACUUUCUGGCAGACAACGGGACAUGGGGAAACGCGAGGAGGAGAGGAGGCGGAGGAGGGGGAGAAAGGCUAGCGAGUCAUCAACGUCGUACGCGAUGCAGCGGCUGCUCUCGAGGAAUUAUAUGGCGGUGCACGCCGAUGAGGACAUCCUGUCCCUCUACCACUCCUCUCUGCUGUACGGCGAGGUGCCUCUCACCAGUCGCAUGCGGGCCGUGUUCACCUCGGGCCACGUCAGCAUCCUCAUCGCUGCUGCUGAGUUUGUUGCUUCCUGUGUGGGCGCGGUGUACUACCUCAUAGGGACCAGGGAGACGAUGCAGCAGAAGAUGGUAUGGAACGCGGGCUGUCUCGCAGUCGCCACCUUCUUCAUCCUCGUCUUCCUGCUGCGCCUCUACAGGCAAGCUCCCUCCUGCUGCGCCUCUACAGGCAAGCUCCCUCCUGCUGCGCCUCUACAGGCAAGCUCCCUCCUGCUGCGCCUCUACUGGCAAGCCCCCUCCUGCUGCGCCUCUACAGGCAAGUUCCAGGAUGACUCAAAACGCACACUUACAGGCAAGCCCCUUCCUCCGCCGAAUUUACAGGCAAGUUUCAAAGCAACGCACGACACAUGGUCACAUGCAUGCCAUAUACAGACUUAUGUCCCCCCCCGUCAGAGCUCACCCCGCUCUCCAUACUCCCUCGACCGUCUCUCAUCCCCCCCUCCCUUCCUUCCACUUGCGCCCGUGAGGUGGCUGUACGUGUGCUCGUACCUGGGAGUGUUGGACAUACUCUCAGGCAUUCCCAUCUUCGGCACUGGCCUCAACAGCAGGAGUGCAGGUGCCAUGUUUCAAGUCGUCUACUUCUUGCAGAUGCUCAAGCCCUUCACUCGUCUGCAGCAGCUGGGUGUCGACAUCACAUCCAUAACGCAGGAGGUCAUCAACCUCAUCGUCUACCUCACUUCAUUAAUAUUCACGGCAGCGGGCAUCUUCCUGUGGGUGACCUACCAGAAUGAGGAGGUGAAGGCGACGGGGAGCUGUGAGCCCGUCAACUGCCUCGACUAUGCCAUGUCGCUCUACUUCGUUGUUGUCACGAUAUCAACGGUGGGUUAUGGCGACAUCUUGGCAACCAACGCAGCGGGGCGAGCGGUGGUGAUAUGCAUCAUAGUGGCGGCUCUUAUCAUCCUGCCCGUGCAGCUCAGCAACAUCUCCAACCUGCUUGCUCACAGGCCAUAUGGGGGAAGGUUCUCAGCAGCUUCCGCCACAGGCAUGCGCUUUGUGGUGCUGACGGGGCAGCUCUCUCUGCUCUCCAUCCAGCAGUUCCUCGCUGAGCUCUACCACCCGUUACAUGACAAAGAUCUCACCUCCUACCCUCUCCACACCGUCAUUCUCGCGCCCUUCCAACCAUGCUUUGAGCUGCGCUCGCUCAUUGCAGAGUACCACGGUGCAGUGCGGUUCAUCCAGGGCUCGCCCAUGGCGCUCUACGACCUGCACCGCGUGCAGAUCGCCCUCGCCUCCGCCGUCUUCAUCGUCCUGCAGCCUUUUCAGUCCUCUCGUGCGCUGGACAACGGUCAGAUCGCCCAGGCCCUUGCUAUGAACCGCUACGCGGGGCCGCUGUCACGCCUGGUGGUGGAGAUGGGAGACCCUCAGGGCCCUACGCUGCCUGUGUGGGACUCUGCCACCCAACGCAUGCAAGUGCUUUGCCAUGAGAGCCUGCGGUUCAAAGUGCUGGGGUCAAGCUGCUUCAUGCCCGGCCUGUCCACCUUCCUCACCAACCUCCUGCGCUCCCCACUCCUCCUCGACUCCCCCGGCCACAAGGCGUGGCUGCCCGAGUACCACUCCGGAGCCAUGCACUCCAUCUACCCCGUGCUGCUGCCCGCCGCCUUCUACGGGCUGCCCUUCGAAGAGGUCGCUGAGUUUGUGUACAGGUGCUUUCAUGUGUGCCUCUUUGCUCUGGAUGUGCUGGUAGAGCCGUGUGAGAGGCAUGGGGGGACGGGGGGGAGGGAGGGCGAGGGGGGUGGCUCACGGUCUUACAGUGGAGGGAGUGUAGGGCAGCAUACGUGCGAGCGGUGCGUGCAGGUUGCAGACGAGGAGGAGCAUGGGUGCCCUGCGGCAGUGUCAGUAUCGGUGGCAGCAACAGCUGAGGCGUGUUUGUCGUUUGAGUCUGCUCGAGAGGGCUCACCGUUGGCUGGGAGAAGUGACGCGAGUGAGGUGUUCGAGUGUGCUCAAGAGGGCUCACCAUUGGCAGCGGGAAGUGAGGGGAGUGAGACGUUUGAGUCUGCUCAUGGCUCACCAUUCACAGCAGAAAUGCAGGCACACGCAACACAGGCAGCAUUGGCAGCAUCGGCAGCACCGGCAGCACCGGUGGCACCGCCAGCACAGGCAGCACAGGCAGCACCGGCAGCACAGGCAGCACCAGUCUCUGCACCAAAGCCGCCAAGAGGGCCGAAGCAGCGUUCCACACCCACCGCAACGCCGGGGGCGGAUGCAGCUGCAGCAGCAGCACCGGCAGCACCGACAGCACCAGCGGAAGCAGCAGCUGCAGCAGCAGCACCGGCAGCAACAGCAGCAGCAGCGGAAGCAGCAGCCCCGGACUUCUAUGUGGGAAGGAAGGCCAGCCGGCUGUCCCGGCCUCUCACGAGCGCCCUCCCCCACUUGCGCCGCCUCCUCUCCCGCCCCCAUGAGGAGCUCUACCUCCUCCUCAACCCCUCCGCUGCUGCCGCAGCAGCAGGACCAGGACUAUCCGGAGCAGACUCGAAGCCGGCAGCAGGCAGCAGUACAGCCAGAGGCAGCACUUGGAGCACUGGCAGGGGCAUGCAGAGAAGCAUGGAGAAGCAGAUCCGGGAGGGACUUGGACUGCGGAAGAAGGGAGCGAGGCGAGCAGGGGGGGUGGGGCUGGAGUGCGGGUGCCAGCGGGGGGUGUUUCUGCUGCCCUCGCAGCACACCAUUCGGAGAUCUCUGGACGUGGGCCUUGUGAUCGCGCCCAGCCUUGAGGCUGCUGAGAGGGUGUCUGCCUUCAAAGGCUGCAUGCAGAGUGGGGGGGUUGGUGGUGGGGGGAGUGGCGGGGGCAAGCAGAAUUGGUGGGGGAUGGGAGGGAAGAGGCAUGGGCAGGAGGUAUGCGAGGAGCAGAAACAGCAGCAGCAGCAGCAGCAGCAGCACCACCACCACCACCACCACCUCCACCAUCACCACCACCAGCAGUCUGAGACUGGUCUUCAGCAGCAGCAGAUCACCCCCCACCAUCCCCAGCACCAGCUGUUCCACCCCACGGCCCGCCGCCACCCCCUAACAGCAUCCUCCCUCGCAGCGGCACGCGCCUCCAACCCGCUCUUCCGCGCCGUCUCUUCCUUCCUCUUCGGCCCGCGGCGCGCCGCGUCGCUCCUGCUGCCGCCCCCCGCUGCCGCUUCGGAAGCAUGGUCGCUGUUCCAGAUGGUGCAGGACGAGUGGGUGCGGAGGGGGGCGCUGGACGGCACAGCUGGGGGAUUUGAUUUCGCCUCUGUUGGUGCUGCUGCUGUUGCCGCGGCGGGUAGAGUGAGUUUGGAAACAGAUGCGAGGGUGGCUUUAAUGGAUGACAGCCAUCUCACCACGCCCCUGCUCUCCCGAUACCUCCACCACGUGUCAGCGUCAGCAUCCUCGCCAACAGCAGCAGCAGGAGCAUCCGCACCUGCAGCAGCAUCAGCAGCAGCAGCACUAAGAGGGCAGCAAGGCAUGCCGCCUCAAACGACUCCUCCUUUAACGAAGACAAGAGAUCCUGGCGGCACCAGCAGCAGCAGCCGCAAGAAGAAGGUAGUGCGGUUUAAGGGGCUCGAGAAGGAAGAGGGGGGUGGCAUGGAGGAGGGGGAGGGCGUGGUCUUGGAAAGUCAGGGAUUGCUGGAGAAGGGGGGCGAGAGAGACAAGAGAGACAGGAGAGGGAUGGGGUUGGAAGAAGAGGAAAUAGUGGAGGAGGGAAGCGAGGCAAGAAGGGGAGUGGCAGGGGCUGAACCCGCCCCUCAACCUGCUUCUCCUCUGCGCGGUUCUGUCCUGAAAGGGGUUGAUGGCGCCAUACCAAAGGCUGAGGGAGCCGCACAGUCGGCUGGUAGCACCAUGGAAGGCGGUGUGUUCUCCCAAGACAAGCCUUUUCUGCAGCUGCUUGCCAAGGCUGGCGCACCGGUGAAGCAGGGCAGGAAACGGAAAGAAGUGGAAGAGGGGGUCAGGGAUGGCGCAGAGCGAAGGGAAACAGAGGAGGAGGAGCAGGAGAAAGUGGGGGAGGGUGAGGCGGAGGAGGAGAGGGAAGAGGAGGAAGAAGAGGAGAUUGAGAGGCCGCCAGUGGAGGUGUUAGACCGGCAUGAGGAUGCUAUACUCGCCCAUCUGGACGCGCACACUGUUCCCGUGGCGGACUUCGACUCGCCCCACAUUCUGGUGUGCCUCGCUGCCAGUAGCAGCGGUGGUGACGGUGGGGGUGGGAGUGAUGGGGAGGGGGACGGGGAGGAGGAGGGGGAGGGGGAGGGGGGGGGAGGGAGGGGGCAUGGUGGCGUGGCCGACGAAUCUGUUCUGCCUCGUGGCGCAUCUCAGGAGCAAGGCGCUGCCGCAACGACCCGUGUUGAUCAUGCACCCCCAUGUACGUCUCACCCCACCCACCGCGAGUGGGCCCCAGUGGGCAUCUUCCCUCAAGUCUUUUUCCUCCGCGGCUCGCCCACCCACGACCUCGAUCUCAUCCGAGCUGGCGUGCUCUCCGCCCUUAAGGUCCUCGUCAUCUCUCCCGACCAAUCGCCCGGCGCCACGUCACCCUCCUCCUCGUCCUCGCUCUCGUCCUCCUCAGGCCCCCCCACGGACCUAGCAAGUGUGGUAGUAGCAGCACAUGUGGAGCAGCUACAAGGGGGAGAGGACACAGAUGGAGGGAUGGGGGAGGGUGGGGGGAAUGGGGGGAGCGCUGGGAGCGUCGGGGGCGUGGGGGGCAUGGGGAGUUUAGGGUUGAAUGGGGAGAGCGGUGGUAGCGGGGGGGGGUUGCUUGUGGAGUUGCAGAGUGAGCAGUCAUUUCAGUACUUCCAGCCGCUGUACCUGCUGCCGGCCCACCGGGCCGAGAGGCGGUCGUACCUGAGGAACAGAGCAGGCGUGUACACCUUCGCCCCCGCGUUUCAAAGUGGCCGCGCCUUCUGCAGCGCUGCCCUCUCUGCUGUGUCCGUGGCCACCUUCUACAAUCGCAACAUCACCACCAUCCUGCACCUCCUGCUCUCAGGCAGCCCGCCCAUUCCCCCUCUCACCGCUGCACCUGCUGCUCCAUCUUCUGCUGCUGCUGCUCCUGCUGCUGCUGCUGCUCCUACUGCUUCUUCUGCUGCUGCUGCUGCUGCUUCCGGUGCUUCCGGUGCAUCCGCUCACUGUGCGCACCCGAAGCACAGGCGGCAGCUAUGGCAGUGCGAGGUGCCCCACGAGUUUGAGGGGAGGGGGUACGGGGAGCUCUUCAUCCACAUGCUGUGGUCCACGCAUGCGCUGGCGCUGGGGCUGUACCGCGCGGCCGGCACCUUGGGAUCUCCCACGGCCUUCGUGCACACCAACCCGCUGCCCUCUACACCUCUUUCUCACGGCGACCUUGUGUUCUACAUCAUGUGACAGAAUACACUACAGUGGCUAGAGUGCUCCUGCUGAUUGUAUUUAAGGUACAGUCCGCUCAAUAAAUCGCAUCCCAAUCCCCAGAUUCCAUGAUGCACCGCACUGUGCCACAGUAUACCUCAAGACCGAACAUUCGCACCACGCUAUACCUCUCAAUCGGGGAGUGGGCGUCUAGACAGAGCCUCCCAAGACGAACCCUUAUUGGUUGAAACGUUGCGAGUUGUGACUCUGGAAAUUAAUUCAUCCCGAAAAG